AUGGUCCCUACUUCAGCAUCACCCAGUGAGCCUGGCUCGCUGGGGAAGCAUCUCCACUGCUCCAUCUGUAUGGACGAAUUUACAGAUCCUGUCACUACAGCUUGUGGUCACUCGUUCUGCAAGCUGUGUCUGAUCCGGCACUGUAAUAUCGGUGACAAAGGGUGCCCACUAUGCAAGAGUUAUAUAAGCAGGAUCCCUGAUGUUAAUAUAGUCCUGAGAGACAUUGUAAAACAAAUGAAAGAGAUGCAGCAGGAAGACAACGAUGAAGAAUACACUGGAGCUGCUGGAGAGGUGGCCUGUGAUGUUUGCAGUGACAAAAAGCUGAAGGCCAAGAAGUCCUGCCUUGUGUGUCUUGCAUCGUAUUGUUCAGUUCACCUGGACAAUCAUUUGUCAACAGAAAGGUUGAAGGGCCACAAGUUGGUGGAGCCGGUGGAGAAUUUGGAUGCGAGGGCCUGCUUGAAGCAUGGACGCCCCUUGGAGCUGUACAGCAGGGAGCGGCAGGCAUGCAUUUGUGUUCUCUGCAUGGAAGGUCAGGAGGAGGUUGUCUCAACUGAAGAUGAAUGGAAGAAGAAAAGGUCUGAACUUGACAACACCAAGACAGAGUUAAAGGAGAACAUUGACAAGAGAAACACAAAGACUGCUGAGAUUGAGGAAGCUUUCAAGAGCUGCAAGGACCAGCUGGAUAAUGAGUGGUGGGAUAUUGAGGCUGUGUUUGCCGCUGUGAUGGCCAUUGUGGAAGAAGCCCAGGCCAGAGCCCUUCAGCCACUAAAAGACAGGAGGCAGGUUUUGGAAAAAGAAGCGAAAGGCCUUAAACAUGAGUUGGAAGCAGAGAUCAACAAACUUGGAACGGCCAUCUCUGAACUAGAUGGCAUUUCUGUUCUCGAGGACCACAUCCUUUUCCUGCAGAAGUACCCAUGUCAUACAGAUCUGGGAGACAUCAUAAACUGGGAUGAGGUAAACCUGGACACAUCGCUGUCCUUUGGCACCAUCAGGAAAACCACAACAAUAAUGCUGGAAAAAAUUCAGCAAGAAAUGGAUAAACUAACUUCCAUUGAACUGAGGAGAAUCCCAAAGUUUUCAGUGGAUGUAAAACUGGAUCCAGAUUCUGCACACCAACGCCUCGUGCUGUCUGAAGAUAGGAAGGAAGUGAAAGAUGGAGGAGAGAAUCAGGAACUACCCCGUGUCUCUGAAAGAUUUGAUAUAUUUAGCAGCGUUGUGGGGCAAAAUACCUUAUCCUCUGGGAAGUCUUACUGGGAGGUGGAGGUCAACAACAAGACGGGGUGGGAUAUAGGCCUAGUAAGAGGCGGUGCAAACCGCAAAGGGAAGCUCAAACUCAGCCCAGAUAAUGGGUACUGGGUUAUUGUACAUUAUGAAGAAGAAAAGUAUGCAGCCCUCACAGCACCACCAGUUCGUAUUCCCCUGAAAGGGAAGCCUGAGAAGGUGGGAGUGUUUGUGGACUACGAGGAAGAUCUCGUCUCCUUCUACGAUGUGAAGGCUGAGUCCCACAUCUACUCGUUCACUGAGUGUUCAUUCAAAGCUGUGCUUUACCCAUAUUUCAGCCCACACGUGAAACAAGAAGAGAAAAACUCUGAGCCUUUGAUUAUUUGUAGAGAGAUACCAGUGGAGUCUUAAGAAAUGCAUUUUAACUACAAUAUACUAAAGUUUGUUGGUCCACAACCUUCCUGUUUUUCUUUUUCCGAUAGAGGAAAAUGGGAAUUAUCAGGCAUUUCAUUUACCUUAGACUUUUUUUUUCAUAUAUAUCUUUACGUUUAGCAGCUAGUAACAGACCAAUGAUAGUAAACUAAGUAGUAACCGUUUAUCUUUUCUCCGUUAUUUGCUUUAUUACUCAAAAGCCCUUUAAAGCAGUCUUUGUAACCCCUGGUUUGGUCCAAUUUACUAGUUGAGAUAAUCAGAAUCAUAACACAAAACAAUGCUGCUACAGUGUGCUCACACUGCUAUUCAUCAUGUGAACCAGUCAAGACUUACAACCUGAGCCAGAACACAUACUCUUGAUCUAACUGUAAUUUAGACACAAGAAGCUUAAAAUACUGCGGUUAGUAAGAAGAGUGUUUUUUUACACCAUGUUGGAGGACCAAAAUGGAUCCUAGAACUUUGUGAA